AUGAGAAAUGUGAAUAGUGUAUAUAUACCUUGCUGGAUUCGAAUCAGCGAUAUCAGAUUGGAUCAUGUCUUGCUGCACAAUUUAGCCGCGAGAGUAUUCAUAAUUUCGCCUCCAUUUCUGCGACCAAAUCCGUGGGACAAGCUUUGCCCUUACUGUGAAGAAACUUUAUCCAGAGAUCAUUCUCCUGAAUCUUCAAGAAGCGUACCUAUUCUCCACUUGAUACAGGCUAUCUUUCCUGUUGUCUCCUCAAACGCCUGUCUUAACGGACUUGUUCCCUACGUCAUUGUUCCUACAGUGUAUAUUCCUUGCUAG